CUACUCUCCAAGCAGAGGUUUGGGCUUCGGCUUAUUUUGACGUGAUUUAGGCAAUUUUAUCGGGCUUUGUUUCCUGUACUGGUAUCUCUUUUUUUUACACCAACACAAAAGCUAACUGCCUGGCAAAUAAGAUACUGUCUGCCCAAUUUGAUACCGUCUCUGCAGCCACCAAAGGAUCUGCUUGGUGAUUUAUAGGGAAUCACAUACAGGUUGUGAGAUCUGCGAACAUGUGGAAUCUUCGCUGGAAGAUGUUGGAGUGGUGUUGGAGAACGGCUGGGGUGAUGUACUUCACCCUGUCUCUGACAAGUCAAGUCAGAGGAACUGAUCCAAGGACAAUCUGUGUGCAGGACAGAAUCAAAGGACCCGGUAGACGACAAACAGCGAGUCUCAGCGAGGACAUGGCGUACACGUACGGGCGGGAGAAGAACACUGUUGUCUUUGAAAUAGACGUCCAAAGACAGAAGAUAACAAAGCAGACAAAUCAACUUGUAGCUAACAUACUGACGGAAGGGACAGCGACUGUAUUGAGAGAUGUUUCAGUGACACAAAGUGACUACAGGAUAUCAAAGUUGAUGCAAGGGAACGUGAGCCUAGCCAGUGUUCACCCAUCCCCACACUUUCCAUUCGGAACAGAGAGAGGAACGACCGUGAUUGGCUACUACGCAACACUGGACUGUAGCAGCGCACAGUUCUUACCAGGCGGUAUCCUGAAACAAAUCGUGAUGAGCAGUAGAACACGACUGGAGCGGGCUGCCGGUGGAGACAUGAUCGGAGACCCUGUGCUGUUCAUACGAGGCCCCAGCAAUCUACAGGCCCUGGACAGGGAAUAUUUCCUGGGCUUAGGCGCGCUGGGUUUACUGGCCCUGCUACUGCUCUGUGCCGGUUGGCAGGGAACUGGUGAUGAGGUGGGAGAGGCAGAACACAUUGGCGUUUUAGCUGACAAAUACGAUUGCUAUCGAAUGGUUUGAUAAGUUUUGUUAUUGUUGGUAUAUCUAAUAUAUCAAAUACCUUAUAAACCUGAAAGCUUUAAAGGGAAAGAUGCCCAGAAUUAUCACAUUGGCCUAAUUCGACAAUCUUCAAAAAA